AUGAUUGCGUCAUCGCUCCUCUACGGCCUUCUGGCCGCUGCCUCCAUGGUCGAUGCCGCUUCGCAAAAGAAGCAGAUCAAGUACGAGGUCGUCACGGGUAUCUUUCAACAAGACGACAACAGCACUGAUCCUAGCACCUUCAACUUCAUCGACUCCAACUUUGGCCUGAUCAACCGCACAUACCCCAGCGACCCCAAGAGUCCGGACAGCAAGUAUGCUACACAAUGGCAGCGCCUCAACAAGUACAUCAAAAGCCUGAACAAGGAGAAGAAGACCCGUUACUCCCUGCUCUUCCUCGGUCGUCACGGCGAGGGCUUCCAUAACGCCGCUGAGACAUACUUCGGCACCCCAGCAUGGAACUGCUACUGGUCUGAACUGGACGGCAACGGCACUGUCACCUGGGCCGACGCGAAGCUCACUCAAGACGGUAUCAAGCAGGCCCAAGACGUGAACACUUUCUGGAAGCACCUGAUCAACGACGAGAAGAUCACUCCUCCCGAGUCGUACUACACCAGCCCUCUGUACCGCUGCCUCGACACCGCUAAGAUUACUUUCUCAAACCUGACUCUGCCGAAGAAGUCACCCUUCGUGCCAACCAUCAAGGAGUUCCUACGCGAGGGCAUCAGCGCGCACACCUGUGACCGUCGCAGCAACAAGACGUACAUCCACCAGAACUUUCCCAGCUACAAGUUCGAGAAGGGCUUUCCCGAGAACGACCCGUACUGGAAGGAGCUUAUGGCCGAGCCUUCGGCUGACCAGGACAUCCGUUCCAAGGCCGUGCUUGACGACAUCUUCAGCAACGACGAUAGCACGUACAUCUCGGUUACUUCUCACUCCGGAGAGAUCAGUAGCUUGCUGCGAGUCCUCGGCCACCGCGUCUUCAAGCUCGCUACUGGUGCUGCGAUACCUGUUCUGGUCAAGCAGACCACGCUUAGUGGUGAUGCGCCCGCAACGACUACUGUGCCCUGGAACUCUCAAGCUACGUGCACUGCGCCGCCGACAAUUCGCGAUUCGAGCUGCAAUGACUGCUCGUGCUGUCUCUAG